AUGCUCUGCGAGUUGAACGACUACUGCGCUUACUCAUAUCAAGAAAGCUACCAGCUGUACAAUGCUAACCGAACAAUGCUACGGCCUCACAGUAUGGCAACCAAUCUAGCUGUCAGUUUAGGAGCAACAGUGAUUAUGAAUUCAGUCUUCAUGGCCAGUACUGGUGACUUAGUUGCUGAAUUAGCAAUAGAUGGCAAUUCAAACAUAGAUUUUGCGUCAUGUGCUGCUUCAGCUCUAUCUACUAAUCCUUGGCUUCGUGUUGACUUGAAGAAGGAAUACUUUGUUUCAACUGUUCAAGCUGUUCUUUAUCCUGGUAAACAUGAAAGUGUCUAUGUUGUUGUUGGUAAUGAUUUAGCAAACAAUGGGAAUGACAAUCACAAUUGUGGAAAGGCUCCAGAUGCCACUUGCAAUUCACCAGUUUGGGGAAGAUACAUUAAUUUACAGAGAAAAGUGAAAAAUCAUUUUAUUCAAGUAUGUGAGGUGACUUUCAACUAUGGUUAG